CAUCCGUCCAAGGCCACAAGGAUCCUCUCCAGUUUAUGAAUACCCCAUAGAAGAAGAAUAUUUACAGGAGAUGAUGGAAGUCACCCUGAAAACAGAAGCAGAAGCUGGUGCUAGUGGUUUUAGUGUGACGGGUGGAGGAAAUGAAGGAAUCUUUAUUAAAAGAGUAAUUAAGGAAUCUCCUGCUUCAAAAAUAUUUAGUCUGAAAGAAGGUGAUCAGCUUCUGAGUGCUACAAUAUUUUUUGAUGAUAUCAAAUAUGAAGAUGCACUCAAGAUUCUCCAGUAUUCAGAGCCAUAUAGAGUCCAAUUUAGCCUCAAAAGAAAAAUUGCUGGGACAGAAGAACUAGAACAUGCUCACUCUACAGCCCAGUACAAAAAGGAGAGAGUAAGCCAGGAAAAAGAACUCAGUGAGAGCAUUCCUGAAGAAAUACUGCAGGUUUCGGGAAAAGCCAUUUCGGAAGAUGACAAGGAAACAUUAAUUGUAAGCCAAAGGGUAGGAAGAAGCAAGAGACCUAAAAAAGACAGAUUAUCAUGGCCAAAAUUCCAAUCAAUUAAAACCAAAAAGAUACUGGGGCACAGAAGGUCUCAUAGUACAUCAGAUGCAUAUGAGCCUGCUAUACAGGAUAUAUCCCCUACGAGCACAGACACAGAGUCUCAAUUUCAACAAGAAGUCCACAUCAAAGGAAAAAAAGGAAGCCAAAAGAAACUGAAGUUCCCUAGCAUUGGAUUCAAAAUGCACAGAUCCAAACCAGAACCUCAAGACAAGCAGAAAAAAGACAUAAAAACUACACUGUUGCCUGAAAGAGAAAAGAUACUUAAGGAAGAUAACAGCCUGGAAAAUCCUGAGAUCCUAACUGUUGAAUAUACCACAUCCCCUGCUUAUGAAAUUAAAACUUCAUCAAAAGAUCUAAAAGACAUGAAAAAUGGCAUUCCAUCUCACGCAAAAAAAUGCCCUGAAGUUGAAAUAAGCAUUAAAAAAGAAAAAGACAAGGAAUCAACAUCAAUACUUACUACAACUGAAGUACCAGCUAUAGAAACACAGGUAUCAAAGCCCAGUUUAGAAACAAGUGACCUGAAAGAAAGUCCAAGUAAACAAACGCCACAACCCUCAUCAAAAUCACGAAAAAAGAAACAAAAGGGAACAGCAGGUAAAACAGAAGGAGGAAGAGGAAUUAACGUAGACGUGACGGGUCACGCAGCAGAAGGAUCUAUACAGGUAAAAGGUCUUGAAAUCGGCACUGCUAAAGCAGAAUUACACACAGCAGAAACAGGAGAAAAACAAGCAGAAGACACACAAAUACUAAAAAUUCAGAAGACAAAAUUUGGGAUUUCAACGCCCAAAAGAAAAGACUCAGAGACUGAAAAGGCCAAACCAGAAAGUGAUGUUCCACUUUCAGCACCAGAAAAAACAGCUGAUAAGAGUUCAGAGGAUGGUGGGAAUUUGGAUGUGAAACCUCACAUGCCUGAGGCAGAGUCAGAAGUGUCUACUCGGAAAAUACAAAUGCCAUCAUUCAAGAUGGCAAUGCCACUUAAAAUUGACACAAAAAUACCAAGAGAAGAAAGCACAGCUGGAUCACUAGAUAUUGCAAAAAAGGAACAAAUAGAAGAAGAUAACACACUGGAGAGUGAGAAAACCUUGAAAAUGGACAUUGGCAUGAAGACAGGAGAAAAGGAUAUAGAGGGAAAAGAAAACAAAUUCAGACUUCCAAAAUUGAAAUUACCAACAUUUACCUGGGCAACUACAAAGGAUGAGACCAGUGAAUGUGACCUAAGCGACAGAAAAGGAAAACUGUCAUCCAUAGAAACAAGUGCAAAACCAGAGAUGAUUAUAUCAGCAGAAGUCACAAAAGGUCAAAGUGCUGAAAAUGAAAUUGAGAUUGUAAAGGCAAAAGCACAAGAUAACCUUGUAACAGACAAGACGGAAGACAAAUUGCAAAGUGUAAAAACUGGAAUAUCAAAAACAUCAUCGGCAAAGGAAAACGUAGAAGACACAAAAGAAGAAUUAAUUAUAACCAAACCUGAUAUUAAAAUAAUCAAAACUGAUUUCACUAUAUCAUCAGAAAAAAGAGAUACAUGUGAAAUAGUAAAAGAAGACAUCAAAGCUCCCAAGGUGGACAUCAGCCUCCCCUCCGCUGACAUCACCCUUCCAAAGGCCAACAUCGAUCUGCAGGCACCUGAGGUGAGCCUCAGCCUGGAAGGGGAGGCCAAAGCCACAGAGAAGGACACUGCCAAGACCAAGGACGGCAAGUUCAAGAUGCCCAAGUUCGGCAUGCCUUCCUUUGGCUGGUCCAGCAGCCGAGACGCCAAGGCAGCUGUGGCCACUGAUGUGGAUGUCAGCCUGAAGGAGCCCCAGGUGAUGCUGCCCUCAGGAACCACUGAGAUCGAUGUCACGCUGCCCAGGGCCGAGAUCCAAGCACCUAACAUAGAGGUGACCGUUGAGGCAGCUGCCACAGGAGACAGCGAGAAAGGUCGAUUCAAGAUGCCUGACAUCAAGAUGCCCAGUGUCAAGCUGCCCAAAGUCAAAGCUCCCCACACACAGGUCAGCCUGCCAAAGGCGCAGGGGUCUCUGCCUAAAGCUGAAAUCCCAGAGGGUGAACUCACACUGCAGGGCCCCGAUGCCGAAGGCAGCCUGGAGGUGGCUCUCGGCAGAGUGGAUGGUGGUGACAUGAAAAUACACAUGCCAACAGUGCAGGUGCCCAGCGUGGGCUUCUCCAAGCCCACUGUUAAACCUCCUAAACUAAACACAGACGUCAGCUUGCAGAAAGUCGAUACCAGCCUCCCAGAUACAGAGCUCAAGGCCAGCGAUAUCAGCAUCACAGCCCCUGACAUCAAGCUACCCUCUGUUGAAGGCUCCCUGGAGUUCCAGGCACCCGACAUAGACCUCAAAGUGCCCUCCGCUGAUGUCUCACUGGAUGGAGCCAAGCUGGAAGCUGCCGGCCACAAAGGGAAGUUGAAAAUGCCCAAGUUUGGAAAGUCCAAAUUCGGAGUGUCACCCGCCAAGGUGGAAGGGCUCAAGGACGAGGUCACCCUGCCCUCUGCAGAGAUCGAGCUGCCUUCAACCACUGUGAUGGCCACAGGGGAGGGCCCCACACUGGACAUCAAAGCUGAGGUUACUAGUGCCAAAACCGAAGGGGCUGACUGGAAACUGGAGAAGCCGUCCCUCAAAAUGCCCCAGGCUGACACCAAAGCUCCCAAAGUGGACAUCAGCCUCCCCUGCAUCGACGUCACCCUCCCACAGGCCAGCGUUGAUCUACAAGCACCUGAGGUGAGCCUCAGCCUCGAAGGGGAAGCUAAAGCCACAGAGAAAGAGGCUGCCAGGACCAAGGACAGCAAGUUCAAGAUGCCCAAGUUCGGCAUGCCUUCCUUUGGCUGGUCCAGCAGCCGAGAGGCCAAGGCAGCCGUGGCUGCAGAUGUGGACGUCAGCCUGAAGGAGCCCCAGGUGACAGUGCCCUCAGGAACUGUUGAGGUUGAUGUUGCCCUGCCCAGGGCCGAGAUCCAAGCACCCGGGGUGGAUGUGAGCGUUGAGCAGUCUGCCUCAGGAGACAGCGAGAAAGGUCGAUUCACGAUGCCCGGUGUCAAGCUGCCCAAAAUCAAAGCUCCCCAUGUACAGGUCAGCCUGCCGAAGGCUGAGGGAUCUCUGCCCAAAGCCCAGGCCGAAGUCUCAGAGGGUGAACUCACACUGCAGGGCCCCGAUGCCGAAGGCAGCCUGGAGGUGACUGCUGGCAAAGUGGAUGGCGGUGGUAUGAAAAUACACAUGCCAAAAGUAAAGGUGCCUAGUGUGGGCUUCUCCAAGCCAACCACCAAACUAGAUGCAGAUGUCAGUCUGCAGAAAUUCGAUGCCAGCCUGCCAGAGGUAGAGCUCAAGACAGGUGAGGUCACCAUCACAGCCCCUGACAUCAAGCUGCCCUCUGUUGAAGGCUCCCUCGAGCUCCAGACACCUGACAUAGACCUCAAAGUGCCCUCAGCUGAAGUUUCACUGGAUGGGGCCGAGCUGGAAGCCACUGGCCUGAAAGGGAAGUUGAAAAUGCCCAAGUUUAGCAAACCCAAAUUCACAGUGUCACCCGACAAGGUGGAAGGGCUUGAGGGCAAAGUCAGCCUGCCCUCUGCAGAGAUUGAGCUGCCCUCAGCCUCUGUAACAGCCGCAGGGGAAGGCCCUGGUCCUAAAAGAGAAGGGGCUGACUGGACACCGUCCCUCAAAAUGCCCCAAGCUGACAUCAAAGCAACCAAGGUGGACAUCAGCCUCCCCUCCAUUGACAUCACCCUUCCAAAGGCCGGCAUUGACCUGCAAGCACCCGACACAAGCCUCAGCCUUGAAGGGGAAGCCAAAGAUACAGAAAAGGGUGCCAAGACCAAAGAUGGCAAGUUCAAGAUGCCCAAGUUCGGCAUGCCUUCCUUUGGCUGGUCCAGCAGCCGAGAGACCAAGGCAGCCGUGGCUGCCGAUGUGGAUGCCAGACUAAAGGAUCCCCAAGUGACAGUGCCCUCAGGAACUGUUGAGGUCGAUGUUACCCUGCCCAGGGCUGAGAUCCAAGCGCCCGGCAUGGAGGUGACUGCUGGGGCGGCUGCCACAGGAGAUGGUGAGAAUGAUCGAUUCAAGAUGCCCGACAUCAAGAUGCCCAGUGUCAAGCUGCCCAAAGUCAAAGCUCCCCAUAUACAGGUCAGCCUGCCAAAGGCAGAGCGAUCUCUGCCCAAAGCCCAGGCCAAAGUCAGGGAGGGUGAACUCAACUUGCAAGGCCCCGAUGCCGAAUGUAGCCUGGAGGUAUCUGCUGGCAAAGUGGAUGGUGAUGGUGUGAAAAUACAAAUGCCAAAAGUUCAGGUGCCCAGCGUGGAUUUCUCCAAGCCCACUGCCAAAGCUCCUAAACUAGAUGCAGAUGUCAGUCUGCAGAAAGUCGAAGCCAGCCUCUCAGAUGCAGAGCUCAAGACAGGUGAGGUCAGCAUCACAGCCCCUGACAUCAAGCUGCCCUCUGUUGAAGGAUCCCUGGAGAUCCGGGCACCCGACAUAGACCUCAAAGUACCCUCAGCUGAAGUCUCGCUAGAUGAGGCCAAGAUGGAAGCUGCUGGCCUUAAAGAAAAGUUGAAGAUGCCAAAGUUUAGCAAACCCAAAUUCGGAGUGUCACCCACCAAGGUGGAGGGUCUCGAGGGUGAGGUCAGUCUGCCCUCCACAGACAUUGAGGUGUCCCCAGCCUCUGUGACAGCCGCAGGGGAGGUCCCUGCACUGGGCAUCAAAGCUGAAGUCCCGGGUGCUAAAAGUCAAGGGGCUGGCUGGAAACUGGAGAAGCCGUCCCUCAAAAUGCCCCAAGUUGACAUCAAAGCUCCCAAGGUGGACAUCAGCCUCCCCUCCGUUGACAUCACCCUUCCAAAGGCCAGUGUCGAUCUGCAGGCACCUGAGGCGAGCCUCAGCCUUGAAGGGGAACACAAAGCCACAGAGAAAGAGGCUGCCAAGACCAAGGACGGUAAGUUCAAGAUGCCCAAGUUCGGCAUGCCUUCCUUUGGCUGGUCCAGCAGCCGAGAGGCCAAGGCAGCCGUGGCUGCCGAUGUGGACGUCAGCCUGAAGGAGCCCCAGGUGACAGUGCCCUCAGGAACUGUUGAGGUUCCAAGAACCGAGAUCCAAGCACCCGGCAUGGAGGUGAGUGUUGAGGAGUCUGCCUCAGGAGACAGCGAGAAAGGUCGAUUCAUGAUGCCCAGUGUCAAGUUGCCCAAAAUCAAAGCUCCCCACAUACAGGUCAACCUACCGAAGGCAGAGCGAUCUCUGCCCAAAGCCCAGGCCAAAAUCAGGGAAGGUGAGCUCACCCUGCAGGGCCCCGAUGCCGAAGGCAGCCUGGAGGUAUCUGCCGGCAAAGUGGAUGGUGAUGGUGUGAAAAUACAAAUGCCAAAAGUUCAGGUGCCCAGCGUGGGCUUCUCCAAGCACACUGCCAAACCUCCUAAACUAAAUGCAGAUGUCAGUCUGCAGAAAGUCGAAGCCAGCCUCUCAGAUGCAGAGCUCAAGACAGGUGAGGUCAGCAUCACAGCCCCUGACAUCAAGCUGCCCUCUGUUGAAAGCUCCCUGGAGAUCCAGGCACCCGACAUACAUGGGACUGAGCUGGAAGCCACCGGCCUCAAAGGGAAGUUGAAGAUGCCCAAAUUUGACAAGCCCAAAUUGGGAGUGUCACCCACCAAGGUGGAAGGGCUCGAGGGUGAGGUCAGCCUGCCCUCUGCAGGGAUUGAACUGCCCUCAGGUGCUGUGACAGCCACAGGAGAGGGCCAAGCACUGAACAUCAAAGUCGAGAUCCCUGGUAAUGAAGUUGAAGAGGCCAGCUGGAAGUUAAAGAAGCCAUCCCUCAAAAUACCCAAAACUGAUAUCAAAGCUCCCAAGGUGGACAUCAGCCUCCCCUCCGUUGACAUCACCCUUCCUCAAGCCGCCGUGGAUCUGCAGGCACCUAAGCUGAGCCUCAGCCUCGAAGGGGAAGACAAAACCACUGAGAAAGAGGCUGCCAAGACCAAGGACGGCAAGUUCAAGAUGCCCAAGUUCGGCAUGCCUUCCUUUGGCUGGUCCAGCAGCCAAGAGGCCAAGGAGGCCGUGGCUGCCGAUGUGGAUGCCAGACUGAAGGAGCCCCAGGUGACAAUGCCCUCAGAAACUAUAGAGGUCAAUGUCACGCUGCCCCGGACUGACAUCAAAGUGCCUGGUGUGGAGAUGACCGCUGAGGCGGCUGUCACAGGAGACAGUGAGAAAGAUCGAUUGAAGAUGCCCGAUGUCAAGAUGCCCAGUGUCAAGCUGCCCAAAGCUCCUCACUUGCAGGUCAGUGUGCCGACAGCAGACAUCUCAGUGCCCAAAAUCCAGGCCAAAGUUCCAGAAAGUGAACUUGUCCUACAAGGUCCAGAUGCUGAAAGCAGCCUGGAGGUGGCUACUGGCAAACUGGAUGGUGGUGGCAUGAAAAUACACAUGCCAAAAGUAAAGAUGCCUAGUGUAAGCUUCUCCAAGCCAACCACCAAAAUAGAUGCAAACGUCAGUCUGCAGAAAGUAGAUGCCAGCCUCCCAGAGGUAGAGGUCAAGACAGGUGACAUCAGCACUACAGCCCCUGACAUCAAGCUACCCUCUGUUGAAGGCUCCCUGGAGCUUCAGGCACCUCACAUAGACCUCAAAAUGCCCUCAGCCAAACUCUCGCUAGAUGGGACGGAGCUGGAAGAUGCCAGUCUCAAAGGGAAGUUGAAGAUGCCCAAGUUUAGCAAACCCAAAUUCGGAGUGUCAUCCACUAAUGUGGAAGGGAUCGAGGGUGAGGUCAGUCUGCCCUCCACAGACGUUGAGGUGGCCUCAGCCUCUGGUACAGCCGCAGGGGAUGACCCCGCGUUGGGCAUCAAAUCUGAAGUCCUGGGUGGUAAAACCGAAGGGGCUGGCUGGAAACUGGAGAAGCCGUCCCUCAAAAUGCCCCAGGCUGACAUCAAAGCUCCCAAGGUGGACAUCAGCCUCCCCUCCAUAGACAUCACCCUUCCAAAGGCCAGUGUCGAUCUCCAGGCACCUGAGGCGAGCCUGAGCCUUGAAGGGGAACACAAAGCCACAGAGGAAGAGGCUGCCAAGACCAAGGACGGCAAGUUCAAGAUGCCCAAGUUCGGCAUGCCUUCCUUUGGCUGGUCCAGCAGCCGAGAGGCCAAGGCAACCGUGGCUGCAGAUGUGGACGUCAGCCUGAAGGAGCCCCAGGUGACAGUGCCCUCAGGAACUGUUGAGGUUGAUGUCACCCUGCCCAGGGCCGAGAUCCAAGCACCCGGCGUGGAGGUGAGUGUUGAGGAGUCUGCCCCAGGAGACAGCGAGAAAGGUCGAUUCAUGAUGCCCAGUGUCAAGUUGCCCAAAAUUAAAGCUCCCCACAUACAGGUCAGCCUACCGAAGGCAGAGCGAUCUCUGCCCAAAGCCCAGGCCAAAAUCAGGGAAGGUGAGCUCACCCUGCAGGGCCCCGAUGCCGAAGGCAGCCUGGAGGUAUCUGCCGGCAAAGUGGAUGGUGAUGGUGUGAAAAUACAAAUGCCAAAAGUUCAGGUGCCCAGCGUGGGCUUCUCCAAGCACACUGCCAAAGCUCCUAAACUAAAUGCAGAUGUCAGUCUGCAGAAAGUCGAAGCCAGCCUCUCAGAUGCAGAGCUCAAGACAGGUGAGGUCAGCAUCACAGCCCCUGACAUCAAGCUGCCCUCUUUUGAAAGCUCCCUGGAGCUCCAGGCACCUGAUGUAGACCUCAAAGUACCCUCCACCGAACUCCUGCUAGAUGGGACCGAGCUGGAAGCCACCGGCCUCAAAGGGAAGUUGAAGAUGCCCAAAUUUGACAAGCCCAAAUUCGGAGUGUCACCUGCCAAGGUGGAAGGGCUCGAGGGUGAGGUCAGCCUGCCCUCUGCAGGGAUUGAACUACCCUCAGGCACUGUGACAGCCACAGGAGAGGACCAAGCGCUGAACAUCAAAGCUGAGAUCCCUGGUAAUGAAACUGAAGAGGCCAGCUGGAAACUGGAGAAGCCAUCCCUCAGAAUGCCCCAGGCUGACAUCAAAGCUCCCAAGGUGGACAUCAGCCUCCCCUCCGUUGACAUCACCCUUCCAAAGGCAAGUGUUGAUCUGCAGGCACCCAAGAUGAGCCUCAGUCUUGAAGGGGAAGCCAAAGCCACAGACAGAGAUGCCGCCAAGACCAAGGACAGCAAGUUCAAGAUGCCCAAGUUCAGCAUGCCUUCCUUUGGCUGGUCCAGCAGCCGAGAGGCCAAGGCUGACAAUGUGGACAUCAGCCUGAAGGAGCCUCCAGUGACAAUGCCCCCAGGAACUGUUGAGGUCGAUGUCAGGCUGCCUGAGGCUGGCAUCCAAGUGCCUGGUGUGGAGGUGACCGCUGAGGAGGCUGCUGCAGGAGACAGUGAGAAAGCUCGAUUCAAGAUGCCCGAUGUCAAGAUGCCCAGCGUCAAGCUGCCCAAAGCUCCUCACUUGCAGUUCAGUCUGCCGACAGCAGAUGUCUCAGUGCCCAAAGUCCAGGCUGAAGUCCCACAGGGUGAACUCGUCGCGCAGAGUCAAGAUGCGGAAGGCAACCUGGUGGUGGCAGGGGGCCAAGUGGAUGGUGGUGGCAUGAAAAUACAAAUGCCAAAAGUAAAGAUGCCCAGUGUGGGCUUCUCCAAGCCAACCACCAGACUAGACACGGACAUCAGUCUGCAGAAAGUCGAUGCCAGCCUUCCAGAGGUAGAGCUCACAACAGGUGAUGUCAGCAUCACAGCUCCUAACAUCACACUACCAUCUGUUGAAGGCUCCCUCGAGCUCCAAGCAUCUGAAAUAGACCUCAAAGUGCCCUCUGCUGAGGACUCAUUGGACGGGGCCAAGCUGGAAGGGGCCGGCCUGAAAGGGAAGUUGAAGAUUCCCAAGUUUAGCAAACCCAAAUUCGGAGUGUCACCCGCCAAGGUGGAAGGGCUCAAGGACGAGGUCAGCCUGCCCUCCACAGAGAUUGAGCUGCCCUCAGCCUCUGUGACAGCCACAGGGGAGGGCCCCUCGCUGGACAUCAAAGCUGAGGUUACGUGUGCUAAAACCGAAGGGGCUGGGUGGAAACAAGAGAAGCCAUCCCUCAAAAUGCCCCAAACUGACAUUAAAGCUCCCAAGGUGGACAUCAGCCUCCCCUCCGCUGACAUCACCCUUCCAAAGGCCAGUGUCGAUCUGCAGGCACCUGAGGCGAGCCUCAGCCUCGAAAGGGAAGCCAAAGCCACAGAGAAAGAGGCUGCCAAGACCAAGGAUGGCAAGUUCAAGAUGCCCAAGUUCGGCAUGCCUUCCUUUGGCUGGUCCAGCAGCCGAGAGGCCAAGGCAGCCAUGACUGCCGAUGUGGAUGUCAGCCUGAAGGAGCCCCAGGUGACAGUGCCCUCAGGUACCGUUGAGGUUGAUGUCACACUGCCUGAGGCUGACAUCCAAGCGUCAGGAAUGGAGGUGACUGCUGAGGUGGCUGUCGCAGGAGAGAGUGAGAAAGUUCGAUUGAAGAUGCCCGAUGUCAAGAUGCCCAGUGUCAAGCUGCCCAAAGCUCCUCACUUGCAGGUCAGCCUGCCAACGGCAGAUGUCUCAGUGCCCAAAGUCCCGGAGGAUGAACUCGUCCUGCAGGGCCCAGAUGCCGAAGACACCCUGGAGGUUGCUGCCGGCAAAGUGGAUGGCGGUGGCAUGAAAAUACACAUGCCAAAAGUGUCGGUGCCUGGCGUGGGCUUCUCCAAGCCAACCACCAAACUAGACGCAGACAUCAGUCUGCAGAAAGUCGAUGCCAGCCUCCCAGAGGUAGAGCUCACGACAGGUGAUGUCAGUAUCACCGCUCCCGACAUCACACUACCAUAUGUUGAAGGCUCCCUGGAGCUCCAGGCACCUGAUGUAGACCUCAAAGUGCCCUCUGCCAAAGGCUCACUGGACAGAGCCAAGCUUGAAGCUGCCGGUCUCAAAGGGAAGUUGAAGAUGCCAAAGUUUAGCAAGCCUAAAUUUGGGGUGUUACCUGCGAAGGUGGAAGGGCUCGAGGGCGAGGUCAGCCUGCCCUCUGCAGAGAUUGAGCUGCCCUCAGACACGAUGAAAGCCACAGUGGAGGGGCCCGCACUGGGCAUUAAAGCCGAAGUCCCCGUUGCUAAAACCAAAGGGGCUGGCUCGAAACUGGAGAAGCCAUCCCUCAAAAUGCCCCAGGCUGACAUCAAAGCUCCCAAGGUGGACAUCAGCCUCCCCUCCGCUGACAUCACCCUUCCAAAGGCCAGUGUCGAUCUGCAGGCACCUGAGGCGAGCCUCAGCCUCGAAAGGGAAGCCAAAGCCACAGAGAAAGAGGCUGCCAAGACCAAGGAUGGCAAGUUCAAGAUGCCCAAGUUCGGCAUGCCUUCCUUUGGCUGGUCCAGCAGCCGAGAGGCCAAGGCAGCCAUGGCUGCCGAUGUGGACAUCAGCCUGAAGGAGCCCCAGGUGACAGUGCCCUCAGGAACCGUUGAGGUUGAUGUCACACUGCCUGAGGCUGACAUCCAAGCGUCAGGAAUGGAGGUGACUGCUGAGGUGGCUGUCGCAGGAGAGAGUGAGAAAGUUCGAUUGAAGAUGCCCGAUGUCAAGAUGCCCAGUGUCAAGCUGCCCAAAGCUCCUCACUUGCAGGUCAGCCUGCCAACGGCAGAUGUCUCAGUGCCCAAAGUCCCGGAGGAUGAACUCGUCCUGCAGGGCCCAGAUGCCGAAGACACCCUGGAGGUUGCUGCCGGCAAAGUGGAUGGCGGUGGCAUGAAAAUACACAUGCCAAAAGUGUCGGUGCCUGGCGUGGGCUUCUCCAAGCCAACCACCAAACUAGACGCAGACAUCAGUCUGCAGAAAGUCGAUGCCAGCCUCCCAGAGGUAGAGCUCACGACAGGUGAUGUCAGUAUCACCGCUCCCGACAUCACACUACCAUCUGUUGAAGGCUCCCUGGAGCUCCAGGCACCUGAUGUAGACCUCAAAGUGCCCUCUGCCAAAGGCUCACUGGACAGAGCCAAGCUUGAAGCUGCCGGUCUCAAAGGGAAGUUGAAGAUGCCAAAGUUUAGCAAGCCUAAAUUUGGGGUGUUACCUGCGAAGGUGGAAGGGCUCGAGGGCGAGGUCAGCCUGCCCUCUGCAGAGAUUGAGCUGCCCUCAGACACGAUGAAAGCCACAGUGGAGGGGCCCGCACUUGGCAUUAAAGCCAAAGUCCCCGUUGCUAAAACCAAAGAGGCUGGCUCGAAACUGGAGAAGCCAUCCCUCAAAAUGCCCCAGGCUGACAUCAAAGCUCCCAAGGUGGACAUCAGCCUCCCCUCCGUUGAUGUCACCCUUCCAAAGGCCAGCAUUGACCUGCAAGCACCCGAUGUGAGCCUCAGCCUCGAAGGGGAGGGCAAAGCCACAGAGAAGGACGUCACCAAGACCAAAGACGGCAAGUUCAAGAUACCCAAGUUGGGAAUGCCUUCCUUUGGCUGGUCCAGCAGUAGACACCCCAAGGCAGCCACAACCACUGAUGUGGAUGUCAGCCUGAAGGAGCCCCAGGUGACGAUGCCCUCAGGAACUGUUGAGGCCGAAGGAGCGCUGCCUGGGGCCAAGAUCCAAGCCCCUGGCGUGGAGGUGACUGCUGGGACAGCUGUCAAAGGUGACAGCGAGAAAGGUCAAUUCAUGAUGCCUGACAUCAAGAUGCCCAGUGUCAAGCUGCCCAAAGUCAAAGCUCCCCACACAGAGAUCAGACUGCCGAAAGCACAGGAUUCUCUGCCUAAAGCUGAAGUCGCGGAAGCUAAACUCACCCUGCAGGGCCCAGAUUCUGAAGGUAGCCUGGAGAUAGCUACUGGCAAAGUGGAUGGCAGAGACCUGAAAAUACACAUGCCAAAAGUAAAGGUGCCCAGCGUGGGCUUCUCCAAGCCCACUGCCAAACCUCCUAAACUAGACACAGACGUCAGUCUGCAGAAAGCCGAUGCCAGCCUCCCAGAUGCAGAGCUCAAGGCCAGCGACACCAGCAUCACAGCCCCUGACAUCAAGCUACCAUCUGUUGAAGGCUCCCUCGAGCUCCAGGCACCUGAUGUAGACCUCAAAGUGCCCUCCGCCGAUGUCUCACUGGACGAAGCCAAGCUGGAAGCUGCCGGCCUGAAAGGCAAGUUGAAAAUGCCCAAGUUUGGAAAGCCCAAGUUCAGUGUGUCACACACUAAGGUUGAAGGGUUCAAGGAUGAGGACACCGUGCCCUCUGCAGAGAUUGAACUGCCCUCAACCACUGUGAUGGCCACAGGGGAGGGUCCCACGCUGGACAUCAAAGCUGAUGUUACGAGUGCCAAAACCGAAGGGGUCGUCUUGAAGCUGGAGAAACCAUCCCUCACAAUUCCAAAAGCUGACAUCAAAGCUCCCAAGGUGGACAUCAGCAUUCCCUCCAUUGAUGCUACCCUUCCAAAGGCCAGCGUCGACCAGCAGGCACCUAAGGUGAGCCUCAGCCUCGAAUGGGAAGCCAAAACCACUGAGAAAGAGGCUGCCAAGACCAAGGACAGCAAAUUCAAGAUGCCCAGGUUCGGCAUGCCUUCCUUUGGCUGGUCCAGCAGCCGAGAGGCCAAGGCAGCCGUCGCCGCCGAUGUGGAUGCCAGCCUGAAGGAGCCUCAGACGACAGUGCCCUCAGGAACUGUUGAUGUUGAUGUCGUGCUGCCCCCAGCUGAGAUCCAAGCACCCAGUACGGAGGUGACCGUUGAGGCGUAUGCCUCAGGAGAUGGUGAGAAAGAUCGAUUCAAGAUGCCUGAAAUCAACAUACCCAGCGUCAAGCUGCCCAAAAUCAAAGGUCCCCAAGUGCAGGUCAGCCUGAAGACAGCAGAAGUUUCGGUGGCCAAAGUCCAGGCUAAAGUCCCAGAGGGUGAACUCGCACUGCAGGGCCCAGAUGCCGAAGGCAGCCUGGAGGUGACUGCUGGCAAAGUGGAUGGCGGUGGUAUGAAAAUACACAUGCCAAAAGUAAAGGUGCCCAGUGUGGGCUUCUCCAAGACAACCACCAAACUAGAGGCAGAUGUCAGCCUGCAGAAAGUGGAUGCCAGCCUCCCAGAUGCAGAGCUCAAGGGCAGCGACACCAGCAUCAGAGCCCCUGACAUCGAGCUGCCCUCUGUUGAAGGCUCCCUGGAGCUGCAGGCACCCGACAUAGACCUCAAAGUGCCCUCUGCCGAAGGCACACUAGACAGGGCCAAGCUGGAAGACACCAGUCUCAAAGGGAAGUUGAAGAUGCCCAAGUUUGACAAGCCCAAAUUCGGAGUGUCACCCGCUAAAGUGGAAGGGCUCGAGGGUGAGGUCAGCCUGCCCUCCGCAAAGAUAGAUCUGCCCCCAGCCACUCUGAUGGCCUCAGGGGAGGGCCCCACACUGGACAUCAAAGCUGAGGUUACUAGUACCAAAACCAAAGAGGCUGGCUGGAAACUGGAGAAGCCGUCCCUCAAAAUGCCCCAGGCUGACAUCAAAGCUCCCAAGGUGGACAUCAGCCUCCCCUCCGUUGACAUCACCCUUCCAAAGGCCAGCAUUGACCUGCAAGCACCCGAUGCGAGCCUCAGCAUCGAAGGGGAAGCCAAAGCCACUGAGAAAGAGGCUGCCAAGACCAAGGACGGCAAGUUCAAGAUGCCCAAGUUCGGCAUGCCUUCCUUUGGCUGGUCCAGCAGCCGAGAGGCCAAGGCAGCUGUGACCACUGAUGUGGAUGUCAGCCUGAAGGAGCCUCAGGUGACAGUGCCCUCAGGAACUGUUGAUGUUGAUGUAACACUGCCCAGGGCUGAUAUCCAAGCGCCUGGAGUGAAGGUGACCAUGGAGGAAAGGGCCGCAGGAGAUGCCCUGGAAGGUCAAUUCAAGAUGCCUGAUGUCAAGAUGCCCAGCGACAAGCUGCCCAAAGCUCCUCACUUGCAGGUCAGCCUUUCCACGGCAGACAUUUCCGUGCCCAGAGUAGAGGCCGAAGUCCCGGAGGAUGAACUCGUCCUGCAGGACCCAGAUACUGAAGACAACCUCGAGGUUGCUGCCAGCAAAGUGGAUGGCGGUCGCAUGAAAAUACACAUGCCAAAAGUAAAGAUGCCCAGUGUGGGCUUCUCCAAACCAACCACCAAACUAGACGCAGACAUCAGUCUGCAGAAAGUCGAUGCCAGCCUCGCAGAUGUAGAGGUCAUGACAAGUGAUGUCAGCAUCACAACCCCUGACAUCAAGCUGCCAUCUGUUGAAGGCUCCCUCGAACUCCAGGCACCUGAUGUAGACCUCAAAGUACCCUCUGCUGAAGGCUCACUGGACAGGGCCCAGCUGGAAGCCACCGGCCUGAAAGGGAACUUGAAAAUGCCCAAGUUUAGCAAGCCCAAAUUCGGAGUGUCACCCGCCAAGGUGGAAGGACUCAAGGACGAGGUCACCCUGCCCUCUGCAGAGAUUGAGCUGCCCUCAGCCUCUGUGACAGCCACAGUGGAGGGCCCCACAAUGGGCAUCAAAACUGAGGUCCUGGGUGAUAAAAGUCAAGGGGCUGGCUCGAAACUGGAGAAGCCCUCCCUCAAAAUGCCCCAGGCUGACAUCAAAGCUCCCAAGGUGGACAUCAGCCUCCCCUCCAUUGAUGUCACCCUUCCAAAGGCCGGCAUUGACCUGCAAGCACCCGAGGUGAGCCUCAGCCUUGAAGGGGAGGCCAAAGAUACAGAGAAGGACGUUGCCAAGACCAAGGACGGCAAGUUCAAGAUGCCCAAGUUCGGCAUGCCUUCCUUUGGCUGGUCCAGCAGCCGAGAGGCCAAGGGAGCCGUGGCUGCAGAUGUGGACAUCAGCCUGAAGGAGCCCCAGGUGACAGUGCCCUCAGGAACUAUUGAGUGCGAGGUCGUGCUGCCCAGGGCUGAGAUCCAAGCACCGAGCAUGGACGUGACCGUUGAGGUGUGUGACACAGGAGACAGCGAGAAAGGUCAAUUCAAGAUGCCUGACAUCAAGAUGCCCAGUGUCAAGCUACCCAAAGUCAAAGCUCCCCACACACAGAUCAGCCUGCCAAAGGCGCAGGGGUCUCUGACUAAAGCUGAAAUCCCAGAGGGUGAACUCACCCUGCAGGGCCCCGAUGCCGAAGGCAGCCUGGAGGUUACUGCCGGCAAAGUGGAUGGUGGUGACAUGAAAAUACACAUGCCAACAGUGCAGGUGCCCAGCGUGGGCUUCUCCAAGCCCACUGCCACACCUCCUAAACUAGACACAGACGUCAGCCUGCAGAAAGCCGAUGCCAGCCUCCCAGAUACAGAGCUCAAGGCCAGCGAUAUCAGCAUCACAGCCCCUGACAUCAAGCUGCCAUCUGUUGAAGGCUCCCUGGAGCUCCAGGCACCUGACAUAGACCUCAAAGUUCCCUCUGCUGAUGUCUCACUGGAUGGGGCAAAACUGGAAGCCCCUGGGCUAAGAGGGAAGUUCAAAAUGCCCAAGUUUGGAAAGCCCAAAUUUGGAGUGUCACCCGCCAAGGUAGAAGGUCUCGAGAGUAACGUCAGCCUGCCCUCUGCAGAGACUGAGGUGCCCUCAGCGUCUCUGAUGGCCACUGAGAAGACACCCGUAUUGGGCAUCAAAGCUGAGGUCCCAGGUGCUAAAAUCGACGAGGCUAUCUUGAAGCUGCAGAAGCCAUCCCUCAAAGUGCCCAAAGCUGACAGCAAAGCUCCCAAGGUGGACAUCAGCCUCCCUUCCGUUGAUGUCACCAGCCCAAAGGUGAGCGUUGACCUGCAGGCACCUGAGGCGAGCCUCAGCCUCGAAGGGGAAGCCAAAGAUACAGAGAAAGACAUCGACAAGACCAAGGACGGCAAGUUCAAGAUGCCCAAGUUUGGCAUGCCUUCCUUUGGCUGGUCCAGCAGCCGAGACGCCAAGGCAGCUGUGGCCACUGAUAUGGGUGUCAGCCUGAAGGAGCCCCUGGUGACAGUACCCUCAGGAACUGUUGAGGUUGAUGUCACCCUGCCCAGGGCUGAGGUCCAAGCACCGAGCAUGGAGGUGACUGCUGGGGCGGCUGCCACGGGAGACAGCGAGAAAGGUCGAUUCAAGAUGCCUGACAUCAAGAUGCCCAGUGUCAAGCUGCCCAAAGUCAAAGCUUCUCACAUGCAGGUCAGCCUGCCAAAGGAACAGGGGUCUCUGCCUAAAGCUGAAAUCCCAGAGGGUGAACUCACACUGCAGGGCCCCGAUGCCGAAGGCAGCCUGGAGGUGGCUCUCGGCAAAGUGGAUGGUGGUGGCAUGAAAAUACACAUGCCAACAGUGCAGGUGCCCAGCGUGGGCUUCUCCAAGCCCACUGUCAAACAUCCUAAACUAGAUGCAGACGUCAGCCUGCAGAAAGUGGAUGCCAGCCUCCCAGAUGCAGAGCUCAAGGCCAGCGAUAUCAGCAUCACAGCCCCUGACAUCAAGCUGCCAUCUGUUGAAGGCUCCCUGGAACUCCAGGCAUCCAAAAUAGAUCUUAAAGUGCCCUCUGCUGAUGUCUCACUGGACGGGGCCAAGCUGGAAGGGGCCGGCCUGAAAGGGAAGUUGAAAAUGCCCAAGCUUAGCAAACCCAAAUUCGAAGUGUCACCUGCCAAGGUGGAAGGGCUCGAGGGUGAGGUCAGCCUGACCUCCUCAGAGAUUGAGCUGCCCUCAGCCUCUGUGACAGCCACAGGGGAAGGCCCCACCCUGGGCAUCAAAACUGAGGUUCCGUGUGCCAAAAUCAAAGCUCCCAAGGUGGACAUCAGCCUUCCCUCCAUUGACAUCACCCUUCCAAAGGCCAGCACCGAUCUGCAGGAAACCGAGGUGAGCCUCAGCCUUGAAGGGGAAGCCAAAGCUACAGAGAAGGGUGCCAAGACCAAAGAUGGCAAGUUCAAGAUGCCCAAGUUCAGCAUGCCUUCCUUUGGCUGGUCCAGCAGCCGAGAGGCCAAGGCAGCCGUGACUGCUGAUGUGGACGUCAACCUGAAGGAGCCCCAGGUGACAGUGCCCUCAGGAACCAUUGAUGUCGAUGUCAGCCUGCCCAGGGCUGAGAUCCAAGCGCCUGGCAUGGAGGUAACUGUUGAGGCAGCCACUGCAGGAGACGGUGAGAAAGGUCAAUUCACGAUGCCUGACGUCAAGAUGCCCAGCAUCAAGCUGCCCAAAGUCAAAUCUCCCCACAUGCAGGUUAGCCUGCCAAAGGGAGAACUUUCAGUCCCCAAAGCCCAGACCGAUGUCCCGGAGGAUGAACUCACCGUGCAGGGCUCCGAUGCUGAAGGCAGCCUUAAGAUGGCGGCAGGUAAAGUGGAUGGCGGUGGCAUGAAAAUACACAUGCCAAAAGUAAAGAUGCCCAGCGUGGGCUUCUCCAAACCAACCACCAAACUAGACGCAGACGUCAGUCUGCAGAAAGUUGAUACCAGCCUCCCAGAGGUGGAGCUCAAGACAGGUGAUGUCAGUAUCACAGCCCCUGACAUCAAACUGCCAUCUGUUGAAGGCUCCCUGGAGCUCCAGGCACCCGACAUAGACCUCAAAGUGCCCCCUGCCGAAGGCUCACUGGACAGGGCCCAGCUGGAAGACACCAGUCUCAAAGGGAAGUUGAAGAUGCCCAAGUUUGACAAGCCCAAAUUCGGAGUGUCACUUGCCAAGGUGGAAGGGCUCGAGGGCGACGUCAGCCUGCCCUCUGCAGAGAUGGAACUGCCCUCAGCCACCGUGACAGCCACAGGAGAGGACCCCACACUGGGCAUGAAAGAUGUGGUCCCAGAUGCUAAAACUGAAGGGACUGGCUGGAAAUUGGAGAAGCCAUCCCUCAAAAUGCCCCAGGCUGACAUCAGUGCUCCCAAGGUGGACAUCACCCUCCCCUCCGUUGACAUCACCCUUCCAAAGGCCAGCGUCGAUCUGCAGGCACCUGAGGCGAGCCUCAGACUCGAAGGGGAAGCCAAAGCCACAGAGAAAGAGGCUGCCAAGACCAAGGACGGCAAGUUCAAGAUGCCCAAGUUCGGCAUGCCUUCCUUUGGCUGGUCCAGCAGCCGAGAGGCCAAGGGAGCCAUGACCACUGAUGUGGAUGUCAGCCUGAAGGAGCCCCAGGUGACAAUGCCCUCAGGUACCGUUGAAGCUGAUGUCACCCUGCCUGGGGCUGACAUCCAAGAGUGCUCUUCUGAAGUUGUUAUUGAUUCAUCCUUGAAGAAAGAGGUUGAUUUGUCAAAACCUAAAAGUUCCUUUUUUAGGAAGCCUAAGGUUUCUCUUUCUAAAAUUUCUAAGUCUCAGGCAAAGAUUAAGUCUGGUGUUGACAUGUCUGUGUCAGAAGCUCUUUGUUAUUCUGCAACAGAGGAAACUUCUCCCGUUCCUUCAGAUAGUGCCGAAUCUAAAGAUCUUUCUGACAAUAUUAGUGACAAUGAUUCUAGAAGUUCUAAAUUCAGAAUUCCUAGCUUGGGUUUCUCUAAAGUUGAUAUUGGUUCUUCUAAACUGGAACAAGAGUCCCCAUUACCAAAAGGGGAUAUUGUUCUUACCAAAUAUCAAACAAACGUAGGCGAAUCUGAGCACAAAAUCCCAUCUCUUGCUGAUGAGAGUCUUUCAGUAACAGAUUUCGAAAUUUUAAAUGAAGAUGGUUCUUUGGAGCAAGCAAAUCUUAAGCCAGGAGGGAAAACACCAGCUGGUGAUACACCUGUGGGGGACACAGAUAUUACCGUCAAAAUUCCUAAAUUCCGAAAACCAAAAUUUGGAAUUUCUUGGUCUAAGGGAAAACCAUCUGAAAGUGCAGUUGAUUCCAGAGUGGAAGAGGAAGUUUCCAAGGGUAAAAUAACAUCUCAUAUUACUGGUACUGAUAGAACAAGUCAGGUCUGUGAUUCAGAAUUAGGUGUAAAGAUGCACAAGCCUUCAGCUGAAGCUGUUCUCGAUGCACCAACCUUAAGUGUGAGUCUCUCAUCAGUGGAAGUUACCAGGCCAAAAUUAGAAGCUGAAAUCCAUGGACCAGGUUUAGAGUGCAAGGCAGAAAAGGAGGCAGUUUCAGGAGAGAAAGACACUGAGGAGAAAGAAAACAAAUCUAAACCAUCAAAAUUCAAACUGCCUUCAUUUAUUUGGUCACCAAAGAAGGAAGCUAUUGCUCCUUCUGAAGUUGAGGGACAUCUGGAAGAGCCCACUUCGUCUAGUUUAUCUGGAAACACAGAUUCUGAAUUAACAGUUCCUACUCCUGAGAAUCAAUACCUUAAUUUGGAAUUGGAUACAUCCAUAGAUCAAGAUGGCGAAAAGGGCAGAAGCAAGAAGUCUCAAUCCGUCAUACCAAAGAUCUCAUUUCCCAAACUGAAGGAUCAAAAAGAUCUCGUCUCUCUGACCAUAAUGGAAACUGAUAGUUGUGGUCCUAAACAAGAAAAAGAAGGUGUUUCAGCACAGAAAACUGAGAAAGGGAGCAGUGAAGUAGCAGGAAUGGGUAUAACAAUGUCAAAGGUUACAGUUCCAACUUUGGAGUUUUCCAAGCCAGAAGUCAAAGCUCCCAAAACAGAGAUGGAUAUUAGCAUGCCUACAGCUGAGAUCAUACUUCCUACAUGUGAAAAAGAUGACUUGACAUUAAAAUCAGCUUCUGCUAAUGCUAGCCUCACCACCUCAUAUGCUAAGAUAGUAACCGAAGGCUCCCUUGAGGUUAAAAGUCCCGACAGAAGUGUAGAAAUAACAUCAAGUGAAAUUGCUGUGGGUGAUGUUGAAAUAAAAAUUGAAGGUCCUGGAGAGAAGACGAAGAUGUCUAAAUUCCAAGUGCCAAAGUUUGGAAUUGCACAUUCUAAAGGGAAAGGAUCAGAAAAAGAUAUCAGUCAAACCAAAUCAGAAAUCAAGGUUCCCCAACUAAAAGCAAUGGUAGAAAUAGCUGACAUUGCUGUUGAAGCACCAAAUUUGGAGAUGGAAGGAACAGAAAUGCAUAGUCCUAAAGUCAAAAUGAUCAAAGCUGACAAUAAGGCAUCAGAGGCUGACGUUUCUAUUCCAAAAACAGACAGUGAUAGUCAGGAUUCAGAUGCAGCGCUAAAAAUCAAAGGGGAAAUAAAGCAAGAUGGAGAUGGAGAAGAGAAAGAGGGACAUUUCAAAAUGCCAAAAUUUAAACUUCCAUCUUUCAGUUGGUCACCAAAGAAGGAAACAAGUGUUAAACCAGAUUCUGAAGCGAAUUUGGAGGAUCAUAAAGGUGCUGCAACGUCGAGUAAAAUAGACACAGAAGUGAGAGGAACCGCAACAGAUGAUCACAGUGCUGGGCAAGGCCUCGAUCUGGAAAUAUCCACAGGAAAAGUUGAACAAAAAAGUCCAAGUAAAAAGCCUCAGUUUGUCAUGCCUAAAAUCUCCCUCUCCAAGAUCAAGAUUCCCAAAUCUCAUUCAUCAAAAGCUGAAGCAGAUGCUACUCUUCCUAAAACAGAAAGAAAGUGUGAUGAUUCAAUACAGAUACCUGAUAUAGAAAGAAGUCAUUCUGAAAGGACAGAAGAGGGGACACAAAUAAGCAUCAAACUGGCUGAUGUUAAGAUUCCCUCUCUGGAGUUUUCCAAAACAGAAACUGAGACCUCUCAAAUGGAAAUGGGAGUCAGCUCAGCAAAGACUGAUGCUUCUCUGCCUCCCUCAGAGGGGAGCUUACCACAGGUAGUCCUAAAAUCAACUUCUACCAAUGAAGAUACCAUUCAAAAAACAAGCAUUAAGGUGUCUGGAGGAGAAGCUUCAGUUGAACUGAGGAGCCCUGAAAUAGUAACAGAAAAAUCCUCAGUUGUGGAUGGAAGGAAGACAAAAUUGGAAGGUCCUGAAGGGAAGAUUAAAAUGCCCAAAUUCCAGAAGCCAAAGUUUGGAAUCUCCAUAACUAAAGGGAAAGGCCCAGAGGCAGAGAUCAGCUCUCCAAAAACUGAAGCUGAGCUAAAAAUGACGAAUGAAAUUGCUAACAUUGCUCUGGGAGUUCCAGCAUCAGAACUUACAUCCGAUAUGUCAGAUCCUGGAGUAGACAUUUGUAAGACACCCCAAGUUCUAACAGCUGGCACUGAAGCUGCAAAGGCAGAGAUAAGCCCCCAGUCAAUCUCUAAACCAAUGGCAGAGGGAGCUACUGAGAGGGCUGAGGAGAAAGAAGUCAUAUUAAGAGAGGAACAUGAAAUAAAAGCUGGAGAAGUUCAGAAUGAAGAACAUCAGGGAUGGUUUAAAAUGCCAAAAUUCAGAAUACCUGCAUUUGGCAGGACAUCCUUAAAGGAAAAAAGAGGUAGCGCUGACAUUGAAAGAAGUACGGAAAAAGCUGAGGCAGACGUUCCUUCUGCCAAAGUGCUAACUGAAACAUUACCACAUGCAGUCACUGAAACUGCCAUUGGAGAAAAAGGGAUUCCAAAAUCAGGAGAUUCUGUGAAGAGUUCUGAUGUUAGCUUGUCAAAGAUGGAAGGAGAGGUUUCAUUGUCCACAGAAAGAACAGAGAGUAGAGCGAGUAUUCCGAAAACUGAAACUUACGCAGAUGUAGUUAAACGUGGCGCUGAAGGACAAAAAUUGCAUGCUUCAGAAUUCACAGUGUCUUCAGCAGAAUUGCCUGAAUCACACCUAAGCACUUCAGAAAUUGACAAAGACAACAGUUUAAAAAACAAGCUUCCUACUUGUACUCUGACUCUUCAAGACCAUGAUGUCAAAUCACAGGAUACAGAAGUUCCAAAGGUAGAAAGUUCCACCGAGUUAGAGACUUCAGGAGUAGGAUGUAAACCGUCACCAGCUGAAAUUGCUCUGGAUGCAACACAGGAGAAAAUAAAUCUUGGUCUUCCAAAGGAAGAGAUAGAUAUUCAAAAUCAAGAAGGAGUAAUUAAAAAAGGAAAGAUAAAGAGUGAGAUGGAAACUAUAGGAAAAGACAGUGAAGGGAGUCAAUUCAAAAGGCCUACAUAUGGGUGGUCCACAACAAAGGAAUCAGAAGAUGGUGCUUAUGUUACAGCUAAGCUGGAAGAUGUAAAGGUAGAAGUUCCAGAAGUGAAGAUGGAAGUUAAAAUUACUAGAGUAGAUCCUGAAAUGAAUUUUCAAGUGAAAAAUGUUGAGAAGGACAUGUCUGCAAGGGUGGAAGUGCAAGUGGAAGGUAGAGCAGAAACAAGUAAAAUUAAACCAUACAAGUUUAAGAUUCCAAAGUUGGGAGUGUUGCGUUCAGAAGUCAGUGGUUUUGAAGAUGAUAUCCAUUUGCCAAUAUCAGGAGCUGAUUCAGUAUCUAAAACUGAAACAGGCACAUUAGAAAUGCAGUUUCAAAAAUCAGAAGGAUCUAUUGGCCUGAAAAGUCGAGCUCUAGAACAUACGGAAGCGCCUGUCAGAGUAACAGUGGAAACAGUGGCCAAAUCACAAGAUGGCCCAGAAGUAGGUGUAAAAAUUCCCAAACUGAAAAUACCAAGAUUCACUUUCCAAUCUCUCCCGAUUGAAGCUGAUGUUUCAGUGUCAAAAGUGGUAACAGAUCCAAAGGGAUGUAGUACUGAUGUUGAAGUAGUGCGACUGCAAGCAGACUCUGCUAUCCCUGGAGAAACACCAAUGGCUCUAGAGGGUGACAUUCAAAGAGCAAAAAGCAAAAUUCUAACCCUAACUGAACCUGCUGUUAAAACAGCACAGAUGACUACCACUGCACAGUCCUCCCUUUCAAAUGCAGGCCAAGACAUUCAUUGGUCAUACGUAGAGGGCCAAGAGGUGAGUGAGAAAGUAGAACCUGAACAUGUUGCUAUUGAAAGGUGUGAGAUUUACACUACAGAAAUAGUGAAAGAAUCAGAGAUUCUCUCAUCAGAAGUCAAAACUGCUACUUUGGGAUUCUCACUGCUCAAGGCACAGUUGCCUGAAUCACAUAGCAACUUAGAAGUGCUAGUCCAGCAGCCAUCUUCAACAGAUGUAUCAGUGAGCAAACCUAAAUGUGCUGAUGAAAGCUUUGAAGCAGCACCACAGACUGUCAGUGCUGAGGUUAAACUAUCUGACAAACCACACUGUAAGACUGAAGAAUCUAGUGGAGAAGUAAGUGUGCCAAAGUUAAAAUCAUAUGCUGUUGAAGUAAAGCCUUCCAGUCUUCCUGAUAAGUCACCAGAAGGAAUAACGGUAAGUCCUUUCUCUAAAGAUGAGGAUGUGGCUGGAGCACUAGAACAAGAAGAAAAGGACAUAACCAAUGCAAAAGAAAAGAGUGACAGUAAAAGAUCUCCUGGAAGAUUCAAAUUCUGGCUUCCAAGUGUUGGCUUUUCAUCUUCUGGUGACGAAACAAGCACAGAUUCAAAAACAGAAGUAAAGAAAUCAGUUCCAGAGGAUGUGAAACCUGCUGAAACAUCAGAUCAUGAUUCUUCUAAGCAAACUGAAAAAACUGGGUGGUUUAGACUUCCCAAGCUUGGUUUCACCUCUCCUUCCAAAAAGGCUAAGAUAGUUGACAAAGAAGAGCUGGGUCAUCAAGAGGGAAGAAUCUCAGAUGAAGAUAGCCCAUCAGACAAACCCGAUGUGUUUUUUGAUGCGCAAGAAAGCUUAUCACCUAAAGAAACAUCCGAGGGUGAAAAAGCUGAAACUGAUGGGGCCUCAUCUAAUGUUCCAGUUUCUCGAACUAUCGUGACAUCUUCAGCAAGAACUGAGCUAAUCUUGUUGGAGGAAGAAAAAGACAGUCAGUCUAAUACUCCUGGUGAUACAACCAAAUGAAGGUUGUCUUUUCUCAGCUCUCAACGAAAGUACAGUAAUCUCUGUGUACAGAAAAGAAUGUUUCCUUAAUUUUCUAGCAACUAAAUAUUAAACAACCCCCACAGCUGAAAUGAGCUGAACACAAUUUACCACAUUUAAAUGUUCAAGUACAUGGAUGUGCUAGACUGUGCACCAAUAACAAUAUUGGUUUUUUCAAAUCUACACCAAAGGUAACAAUUACUAUGAGUACAGAAGUGCACAAGCUUUAGCACAGUCUGAAAAGACACCAUGGAAGUAAACCACUGGAAGGCUCAAUGAUACCAAACAUGACUUGUUAAAUAGGCUUCUCAAAAACAUAUUGAUUAGGUUUAGAUUAUAGACUCUUUCCAGAAUGGAGUAUAAACUAGUACUAUGAGAACUACACUUACCAGUUUAGAUUUUGGACCUUUCUGACCUACUUUUGCUUUCUUAUUAAUUUUUUUUUUCUUUAUUUCAGCUAAGGUAAUAUGUGUAUGCCACAAAGAUUUUACAAUGCAAAAUAAAACCAAAAUACUAGUGUAGAGAGACUAAAGCUUUACCUCUUCCUCUCUUCUCUCUUCUUCUUUUAUUAAUUAUUGUGGUGGGUCAUAUUUAGCCUUAAAAGAAUUUUUAAGAUGCCAAGAGAAUGAAUCCAAGACCAAAAACUAUAUCAGUAAUUCACAUUUUUAAGCUCCCAAAGUAAAACAUGCUGACAAAAGAGUAAUUCUUAAAAUGUGGAUAAGUAAAUUGUAAUGUAUAUAUUUACUGGAUAGCUAAAUGCACAGGAAGAUCUGCCACACUGGUGGAAUUGCUGCAAAGAUUUUAUGGGAAAGGAGAUGUAUAUAAUUAUUUGCUUCUUUGUUUAUAUUAAUGCCUCUAAGUACACAAUGAAAACCAGAGUGCAAACGUGACAGCCUUCACAUGUAUCAUUAAAACACUGUAUUCUUAAUUAAUAAUAAACUCACCAUAUGGAUAA